CAGUACAUUCGUUCACAUACACUCUGUUAUACAAGAGGAACGGUACACUGAGUGUGUAUAGGGUGUGUAGAGUAGGUGUGUGUUUGUAGUGUGUGUUUAGUCUACUCAGUAGUCUAGAAGUGGGACAAAUCAAAAUGAGGACAGCAAGUGUACAAGAGUAGUCAUUCAUCCAAAUAGGGAAACUGUAACAGUCACUGUCAACUGUAACGGCUCUCCUCUUCAUCUGAUGAUGAGGAAUAGGAAUCAUCGGACCAACACGCAGCGUGGUGUGCCCUGUUCUGAGGGUUGAGAGCUAGGCAUGUUGGGUAAAGACCCCCCCACCACCAGCAGCCUUAACCUGAUGACCUCUGACAUCGAUGUUGAACCCAGUGACAUCACAGACGGCCACGGCAUCAGCAGGAAGAUGUCGGAUGUAGUUGAGAGUUUGGACACCAGAGAGUUGGACAUGGGAGAUGGAGAGGAGACUGACAAUGACCCUACCACCAUAGGGGACAGUCAUAUAGGGUUCAGUGCUGUGUAUCACACCGUGGGUUUUAAGGAGUCUGAAGCCAGGGUCUAUCUCCCUACUGUCCCCAUCACUGCUAAGAUACUGGAGGUGGAGAGGUUCAACACAGCCCAGGACAGGUUCAACAUCACGGCACAGAGGAGUGUCAACAAGAGUCAGCCUGCAGUGUUUAAGAUUGAGCUGAGACAUGGAGAGUUCAGCUGGGUGGUCAAGAGAAAGGAGAAACACUUCAUGGACCUCCACGGAGAACUGGUCCGAUACAAGAUGUUCAUGAGGGUACCGCUACCCUCCCGCAGCCACACAACGAGGAGGAGGACAAUGAAGAAGAGUGAAGCCAGACAUAUUCCUGAGCUACCGCGUGGCGGAGAUGAGUUGGCACAAGACGAACAGGUCUACAGCAGAAGGAAACAGCUGGAAGAUUAUCUGAACAAGCUGCUAAGGAUGGCCAUGUACAGGAAAUACUACCACACUAUGGAGUUUAUAGACGUCAGCCAGAUGUCCUUCAUCCAUGACCUGGGACCUAAAGGACUGGAGGGGAUGAUACACAAGCGUUCCGGAGGUCAUCGUAUCCCAGGCUUGAACUGCUGUGGUCACAGUGAAGCCUUCUACCGCUGGUCUAAACGCUGGUUGGUGGUGAAGGAUUCGUUCCUCUUCUACAUGAAGCCAGACUCAGGAGCCAUUUCCUUUGUUCUCCUGUUGGACAAAGAGUUCAGCGUCAAAAUGGACUCCAAAGACACAGAGACCAAAUACGGAGUACGCAUCGACAGCCUCUCCAGGUGCCUUGUACUGAAGUUGAACAGCUACAGACAUGCUCGGUGGUGGGGCCAGGCGAUAGGAGACUUUGUCCGUAAACACGGGAGGGCGUUUCUACGAGACCAUCGAUUUGGUUCCUUUGCUCAGGAGGAGCAGAACAUCCCUGCCAAAUGGUAUGUGAAUGGGAAGACCUACAUGGAGGAUGUAGCCGAUGCUCUGGAAGAAGCUAAAGAAGAGAUCUUCAUCACUGACUGGUGGUUGAGUCCAGAGAUCUUCCUGAAGAGGCCAGUUGUGGAGGGAAACAAAUGGAGACUGGACUGCAUCCUCAAGCGCAAAGCACAACAGGGGGUUCAUAUCUUUGUGAUGCUGUAUAAGGAGGUGGAGCUAGCUCUGGGCAUCAACAGUGAAUACAGCAAGAGGACACUAAUGCACCUGCACCCCAACAUCAAGGUGAUGCGCCACCCGGACCAUGUGUCGUCGUCUGUCUACCUGUGGGCACAUCACGAGAAGAUCAUCGUCAUCGACCAAUCAGUGGCCUUCGUUGGCGGGAUAGACCUGGCGUAUGGUCGCUGGGACGACCAAGAGCAUCGCCUGACAGAUGUGGGGAGUGUGACACGCUCUGUUGCCCUGGAGAUGGAGCAGUCUCAGAGCUCUGCCCACCAUCCCUCCAGUAGGGGAGUGUUCUCUACUGAUGGUGCCGCCAAUAGCAACGGAGGCAAACAAUCACUGCCUGGCAACCCAGGGGUGGAGCUUCCACGACUGAAGGGGAUUGGACGAACCAGGAGGAUGCACUUCUCCCUGGUCAAACACCUCCACAAACACACUCUGCAGCAUGCAGACAGCAUCAGCUCCCUGGACAGCACUGGCAGUGGUUCAGUGCGGAGCCUCCAGACAGGUGUAGGAGAGCUGAGGGGUAACACCAGGUUUUGGCAUGGAAAAGACUACUGCAACUUCGUCUACAAGGACUGGAUACAGCUGGAGAAACCCUUCGAUGACUUCAUUGACAGGUACACCACUCCCAGGAUGCCGUGGCAUGACAUCUCCUCUGUGGUCCAUGGGAAAGCUGCCAGGGACGUGGCCAGACACUUCAUACAGCGCUGGAACUUCUGUAAAAUAAUGAAGCCUAAGUAUCAUUCUCUCUCCUACCCGUACCUCCUGCCCAAGUCUCACAGCAGUGCCAGCGAGCUGAGGUACCAGGUGCCCAACUGUGUUCCCACUAGAGUACAGGUGUUGCGGUCAGCAGCUGACUGGUCAGCAGGUAUUAAGUAUCAUGAGGAGUCCAUCCACAACGCCUACCUCCAGACUAUCGCCAGGAGCAAGCACUUCAUCUACAUAGAGAACCAGUUUUUCAUCAGUUGUUCAGACAACAAGAUGGUCUACAACAAGAUCGGAGAAGCGCUCAUCGAGAGGAUCCUCAGAGCUCACAAGGAGGGCAAGAAGUUCCGUGUGUACGUGGUGACUCCACUACUUCCUGGGUUUGAAGGUGACAUCACAACAGGGGGAGGAAACGCCCUCCAGGCCGUCAUGCACUUCAACUACAGGACCAUGAUCAGAGGUGAAUACUCCAUCAUCUCCCAGCUGAAGAAAGAAAUGGAUGAACUACAGUGGAUGAACUACAUCUCGUUCUGUGGUCUGAGGACCCACGCUGAGCUGGAGGGACGCCUAGUCACAGAGCUCAUCUACGUCCACAGCAAGAUGCUCAUCGCAGACGACAACACCGUCAUCAUCGGUUCGGCCAACAUCAAUGACCGCAGCAUGUUGGGGAAGCGUGACAGCGAGGUGGCGGUGAUCAUUGAGGACUCUGAGACCGUUACUGCGGUGAUGGACGGACAUGAGUACCAGGCUGGACGCUACGCACUGGCGCUACGUCUAGAGUGCUUCAGGACUAUCCUUGGAGCCCAUAUGGACACGACCAUAGAUGUGUCUGACCCUAUCUCUGACCGCUUCUAUAAGGAUGUCUGGAUGACCACCGCUGGACGCAACGCAACCAUCUAUGAGAAGGUAUUCCGGUGCCUGCCGUCCUCCCUGGUUCGUAACAUGUCUGAGUUAGAGAGUUACCAGACGAACCCAGGCCUGGCCCAGUCUGACCCAGGUAAAGCCCAGGAGGAGCUAAGGAGGAUCAGAGGGUUCCUGGUUCAAUUCCCUCUGGACUUCCUCUCAGAACAGAACCUAAUGCCUUCUGUUGGGACCAAGGAGGGCAUGGUGCCUACUGAGAUCUGGACCUAGAGGACUAGAUACACACACACACACACACACACACACAGGACAAGACACACACACACACACACAGGACAAGCCACACAGACCACUGCGUUGAACUGUGGAUCUUUAGAAUGAAGUUGAACUCUGGACCUCCAGCUGAUAGCUGACAACUUAAACCACAAACAUGGAGGACCAUGAUGCUGCUUGGCCCGUCACAUCCACAACUCAGCCAAUGAGACUGAUUGCCACGUGGACUAAUGAGGAAGUGCAGGGUUCUCAUAUCCAUUCAGGAGGAUGCAGCGCUACAGGAUAUUCAGAUAGAAAUAUAUUGUGUAGAGCAGAUCAUCACUUCUCAUCAUGUAGGAUAGGGACCUGGUUAGCUCCAUAUUCAUAUAUUUCUAUCUGCAAAUGUAUAGGUUUAGAAUGUUUCACCUGACUGAAUACACCUGAAAAUGGGUGAAGAAAAUGAGCACCUUAUUCCAAGUAGAACCUCCUUCAUUUCUAAAUGUUUUGACCUGUUUUGUGCCUUCUGAACACUCCUACUCCUAUGUGCCCCUGGACACUCUCCUAUGCCUGUCACCUACUCCGUUGGUUAUGCAUGUUCGUAUGGUCGUAGCACUAUGUAAGCUUACAUACUGUCUUUAGCUGUAGUGCCUAAAGUUCUGUUAUUUCUUUUUAGAAUGGAGGUUGUCUUUGAGAAGAACACAUGUAAAUGUUUACAAUCUAAAUAUGGAAUUGUUCUGUAAAAUCGUAAUUGUAAAACGAGACUUUUAAAGCUCACCAUAAAUGUUAUGUUAAAUUAACCACAAAACUUCACGAUUAAAAACUCACUGAAUUUCAGCAUGAAUCGCAACUACCUACGGCCUUCGGUCUUCUGCCAUUAAGUAUACCUACUGUUCUAUCACGCCUUGUAAGUAUUUGUACUGCCAAUUGUAUACAUAAUGUAUCGUAUUGCCAAUUAUUUAAUUAAAUCAUCAACCCCAUAAUUUCUAAAUACAUGUUCAAUA